AUAUUUGUUAGCCGGCUAGCUCUCGCAGGAGGGGCUCCGUCUCGAUCCUGAUCUGAAUCCGCCAUCAUCGGGGCUUCGUCGUGCAGAAUCAUCUCCACGUCCGCAUCUCUCGCCGCAAAAACGCGUUUAUCCCCGCUCAGCCACGGUUUUGGCCUGAAGGUCGUCGCGGAGUUUGAAUAAAAACGCAGUGAUCGGGACGCGCUCCCUUGAGAUCGGGGUAGGACUGUGCCUAGCGGGGGCUCUCGCUGCUCGGCGGAAUAUUUCUCUUCGCUUUAUUUGCUGUCAAACACCAGUUCUCGGUAAAAUGGCUUGCGGAGCCACUCUUAAAAGGACUAUGGACUUCGAUCCGCUGAUGAACCCCGCGUCCCCGAAGAGGAGGAGAUGUGCGCCCAUGUCGCCGUCCAGCUCCAGCGCCUCCCCGCAGAAAUACCUGCGCAUGGAGCCCUCGCCCUUCGGCAGGGUGUCUUCAGCACUCACCACAGAGCAAAUCCUGAGCAACAUCAAGCAGGAGUACAAGCGCAUGCAGAAGAGGAGACACCUGGAGAGCAGCUUCCAGCAGACGGACUCGUGCUGCCCGCUCGACUCGCAGCCUCACGCCAGCAGCAGUAGCACUGGCUCGUCCUCUGGAUCUGCGUCUCCCUCCAGACGAGAGCAGCCGCUGUUUACGCUGCGGCAGGUGGGCAUGAUCUGUGAGCGGCUGCUGAAGGAGCGCGAGGAGAAGGUGCGCGAGGAGUACGAUGAGAUCCUCACCACUAAACUCGCAGAACAGUACGAUGCGUUUGUGAAGUUCACCCAUGACCAGCUGAUGAGGCGGUUCGGGGAGCAGCCGGCCAGCUAUGUGUCCUGAGGGCCCGUUGGCAGGGGCGUCUCCUGCUGUGGUGGAUCUGCCACUCUGUGAACGGGUCCGGCUGGGUGUUUCAGCAGUGCCAAUCGCAUCUUUCCGCUGGGCACAGAGUGUGUGUCGGGCUUCUCUCUCUCUCUCUCUGCAGCAGCAGCAGCUCAGUGCUUCCUGCCGUCGUCAACUACGCCCAUAUAUGGACCUCCGCAACUCCUCCUCCAAUCAGUGGCUCUUGUGUGUCUCCCACCGAACCCUGGAUAUUUAUUAGGCUUUGACGAUGCCUUUUAUACACUCACCUGUCAUUUCAUCCUCGUCUGUUUUUUUUUUUUUUGUAAAAUGCCUUUUAUUCACUGCGAAUGACGUUGAUUGCCAUGAUAAAUGUGAGCCUGUGUGAAAUUGAUGAACUUUGGGAAAGUGUGUCUCGGAGACUGCUGUUCAUAGCUUCGUGUAAAUACAUCCUGGCUUUCAUCUGGAGUUUUUUGUUUUCAUGUACAAAUCAAAUACAGCAUUUAUUUUGAUUCCAGUCUGUUUUCUUGCUUUUUAUUUAUUUUUGUUUGAAUCUUUUAAUGUUUUUUUUUGUUUUGUUUUUUGGCCCAUUUCCUCUGCAUUAUGGUUUUACUGUUCCUGUAGUUUAAAGGACUUUAUGUUUGGGAAAAAGUAUACAAAUAAAAUGUUUACAUAACUGCG